AGAGUGUGUGUGUGUGUGUAUUGUAUUUGUAUCUGAUAAUAAAUCAUUAACGCGGUGCCGGUGGUGUCUCACAUUCACAUUCCAUUCCAUUCCAAUCAGAUCGAUGAAGCUGAAACCGCUGCAUCUACCACAAUAAUAAUAAUAAUAAUAAUAAUAGAUUAGAUUCAUUCACAUUAUCUAUAAUCUUUUAUUUUGAUUGUGUCUGAAUAAUAAGAAGAAGAAGAAUUGAAACACGCGUGUGGAUUAUAGAUUAUUAGAUCGGAAAUGAAGGAUGAUGAUGGGCUUCCAACGACGACGGCAGCGAUUAACAAAAAGGAAAACAUGGAUUCAGGUUUGUUUGGGAAAGGAAGGUACAAAUUCUGGGCAUUAGCCGCGAUUUUGCUUCUUGCUUUUUGGUCUAUGUUUACUGGUACCGUUUCUCUUCGUUGGUCUGGUAAUCUUAAUACCUUAUCCAGUGACCUUGAUACUCCAAUUCACGAUGACCUCGAUGUUCUUGAAAUGGAGGAGAGGGAGAAAGUGGUGAGGCAUAUGUGGGAUGUGUACACAAACAGCCGUAGGAUCAGGUUGCCGAGGUUUUGGCAAGAGGCUUUUGAGGCUGCUUAUGAAGAAUUGACUAGUGAUGUUCCUGGUGUUAGAGAUGAUGCAAUUACUGAGAUCGCUAAGAUGUCUGUGCGUUCUGUUAAUUAUGAUCCACCUCCUAUCCAAUCCACGAGAGCACAGGAAUUUAGUAAAAGCCUUAAGCAAGCUGAGAAAGGAAAAGAAGCGAUGCGGCGUGCUUAAAGACCACUCUAGGGAGCAGUCAAGGGUCUGGCUUGUGCUUGGAAGUGCUAUCAAAAGAUUGCGAAGAAACAGUGGUGGGCAAAGCCCUACUCAGAUUUUCAUGCUUCCAUAAGCAAGAUGAUUAUGUAUUUUAAUAGGUUGUGGUUCUUUCAAAUUUUGCAGUCAAGUUCAAAAGCAGUAGUAAAUUAAAACCACGUUUGUUGUCGUACAAAUUCAACUGACUAUAUUUUCUUGUAGGCACAGCCAACUAUGCUAAAUGCACAAGUUUAUUUAAUUAUAUUUUAAUUAUUAUUUGGUAAACAAAUA